AUGUCGCGUGUGCGUGGGCCGACGUCUGCGCUCACCGAGUUCUUAAAACGCAUUGAGCGCGAGACGCAGGGCGAAGAGGCCGACGAGGCCGACGAGGCGCAAGACGACGCACAGGAUACGCCACGCGCCAAGCGCCCCGUGCCCGCUGGCUCGUCGCUCAACUUUGACGAGGAAGAGGACGAGGUGGUUGAGCUGCCUCCGCCCAAAAAGGCCAAGGCGCGCAAAGCGACCAAGGCCGGCGAGCGCGUGUCGUGCGGCCGCUGCGACAAAGCCUUCUCGGCGACGCGCUAUACCCGGCAGGACCCUACGCUCGGCCCGCUGUGCUACGAGUGCAACGCAUCCGUGCCGAAGCCUGCGCCCCCGCCGAAGCCCGCGCGCCGCGGGCCACGCAAGGCGGGCAACGUCGUGGAGACGAAAGCCGUGAUGCCGUCCCUGCAGUCGCUCAGUAUCAACGUCAUUGCACAGAGUAUCGAUAGUAUCCAGGCGCUUGGGCCGCUGAGCACACGCAACCUCGACGCGAUCAGCAAGGUGAUCAGCAAGAACCGCCGCCUGACGCCGCGCACGAUGCAGCUUUUCUUGUCGCGCGAAGCGACGCGCCUUGCGCUGUACGACUGCAGCGCGGUGACCUCGGAAGCGUUCCAGACGAUCCCGCACUUUGCGCCGAACCUCGAAGAAGUCGUCCUGCAGUACUGCGGCCAGCUCGACAAUGCGGCGUUCGAGGCGCUCGGGCGGCUGACGCACCUGCAGGUCCUCGAUCUGUACGGCCCUUACCUCGUGCGCAAAGAGGUGUGGCUCACAUUCCUCGCCGCGCAUGGCGCACGCCUGCGUGCGCUCAAGCUGCGCGAGACGCCGCGGUUCGACAAGGCGUGCGUCGAGGCGCUGGUGACGCAUGCGCCGCAGCUCCAGGAGCUGGGCCUCGCGCAGAUCGGUCCGCUGGACGACGCGUGCGUCGCGCUGCUAAAGGGUCUGAAGCACCUGUCCUACCUCGACCUAUCGCAGCCCGGCGUGUCUGCGCCGGGCGUGCCGCCUGCAUCGCUGCACGACGAGAGCGUGCUGCCGCUCGUACAGAGCCUCGCGCCGUGCCUCGAGGUCUUGCGGCUGGACCGCAAUGCGGCGCUCUCGGACGCGAUGGGCGCAGCCCUGGCGCAGUGCACACUGCGCGUCCUCAGCGUCGACCACUGCGGCGUCUCGAGCGAGGCGUGGGCGCAGUGCUUUGACGCAAUGCCCAAGAAGCAGCUCGAAGAAGUGUACCUGAGCCACUGCGACGUGAGCGACGCGGCGCUCCACGCGCUCGUCCAAGACGCUCCUCGCCUGCGCGUGCUGAGCGUCAACAGUGCCGAUGCGCUGACGCCUGCGGCGUUUGCGCGCCUCGCCGAGGUGCUGCCGCCCCUCGAGGUACUCGACGUGAGCUUUGUGCGCUGCAUUGACGACGGCAUCCUCACGAUGCUCGCGAAAAACGUGCCGACGCUGCAGACGCUCUACCUCUUUGCGAGCACCUGA